AGCCGCCUCUUCUGCACGGCUCUCCGGAAGCGGAUGUGGCGUACAGCAGCCGAUAGGCAGCCGUGCCGGAAGUUGGUGUGACGUACCGCAGCCGACGGGAAGCGCUACCGGAAGCGGAUGUGACGUACUGCAGCCGACGGGCUGCUGUGCCGCGGCUGACGUCCAGCUGUGCCGGAGCGCGCGGGGUGCUCCUGCAGGCAUGGAGGCACGGGAGCUGCUGCAGGAGCUGUGCGGCUCGCUGCGCGCGGUGCUGGCACGGGUCAGAGAGGGCGAACCGGGCGAAGGCCGUGAGCCGUUCGAGCCUCCGCGGUUCUGGGACGCGCUAGGUCAAGCAUUCAAGGCAACAUCACAGGAAGCUACAAAGCUUAGUCUAGCAUUCUCGAGGCCUCCGCUGCCUUCUGCAGAGAAUUGUCAAAAGCUGAGUGAAGAUGUCCAAAAUGCCAUUCUUGCAGUUGCCACAGUGUACUACUGGCUCCCCAAGGGCCAAGGUACUACACUUCGGAAGAUGGUACGAGAUGCUACCACUGAAGUAUUGGAGGGAAUGAUCCAGCUCACAGAAACAAUUCUUAUUUCUCCAUUGGGGAGCUCAUCUCAGGAGCAACUUAUAUCAACUGGUGGUGUGUGGGAGGCAUGUGAGCAAGUGUCCAGCCUGCCACGAGAUAACCAGGCAGCAGUUGUGUCAGCUCUGUCUGCAUUUCUAGGUGUGGUCAAGGAUGCUGUGGAAGAGAUGGAAAAUGCUCUGGUGGAAGAACGAGACCCCUACAGUGAUAUCAUAGAAGACGAGGAGCUCGGCUUUCGGGGUAACAGAGAUACCUAUUGGUCAGAAGCUGACCGGAAGUUGCUUGGCUCCUGCAUGGGAUUAAUGAAGGCUUCUAAAGCUUGCCUAAAGAAGGUCUUGAGUGUAGUGAAGGCUUAUGGAAAAGCUGACUCUCCAGAGCAGAUUGCUCAGCUGGAUGACCUUGCAGACAUUGCUAAUGAGAUCAGUCCAAGCGUUGAUGAGCUGGCACUGAGCAUGUACCCACCUAUGAACCAUCUGGCCGUGCGACUCAAUGCUGCUAAAUUGGCCUCAGUAUUAAAGAAAGUCUUAGAGAUUACAAAACACAACGCAAUAGGAAGAGGAUGGCAGGAAUGAAAGAGGUUACUGCUGAAGAUGGACGUAUGUGUCAAGGUUUGAAACUAGAGAUAAGGACGUGGGUUCUUCCUUGUUCAAGCACUGUGGGGUUACAGAAGUCCUAUUUUAAUACUGUAGUAAUUCAGCACUUCACAAUACCAAUGUGUUGGGGGGAUUUUUGGAUACAUAAAUAUAAAAACCCCCAGGAGGCUUUCCUAAUGAAUUUCCUCCACUUUUGCAGGACAAGCCAUGUAUGUCCACCAUCAGAAGAAGGCUGGGUGCAGUUUCUAACAGGUGCAGUAGAUCACAACAUGGA